AGCCGCCGAUUCCGCCGCCAGACCGUUCACUUCUCUGCAAGACCUCGUCUAAUCAGUUGUAACUGUACCAUUGUUAUUUUGUAUCUGUUUGCUGUUCUCUGCUUAAGUGUUUAUAGCUCGUCAUGAUAUCCAAGUGCCUGAUUUUGGCAGUCGUCCUGGCAGUGUCGGCGGUCAGGUCGGUGCCGGUCACCCAGGAAGAGUACGCCAGGUACAUAUCGCAGCAGCAGAUUGCCAGGCUGUCGGACAAACCACAACCAGCGGCCAGAAAGCCCGUUCUAUUGCAAGUGCUCCCGCCAGCGUACCAGCCCGCUGCUCGUGCAGCGGCUUACCAGCAGCCACAGCCGCAGCAAGCUUAUCCCGUGCCGUCGUAUCAACCCUUGCCCCAAGCGUACUCGCAACAGCCGGAAGAUUACCAAGAACCCGAACAGCAAUACCAGCCACCGUCAAGACCGCAAGCGGCUUACCCGAAACAGGCGCCUAGGCCCAAGCAGGCAACUAGGCCCUCCAAACAACAGGAAGAAGAAGAAAACGACAACGACCCCAACGCUCAAUACCAGUUCUCGUUCGACAUUAGCGACGACGAAUCGACCAACUAUCAUAACCGCAAAGAGACUAGAGACGGGCAAAAAAUAACUGGCAGUUACAGCGUCGUCGAUUCUGACGGUUUUAUCAGGACAGUAACUUACACAGCUGAUCCCGAAGAGGGAUUCAAAGCAGAAGUCAGCAGAGAGCCAACCAACAUCCAAGUAAAGGUUCCUACACCAACAACGGCAUCGCCAGCGCCUCAAUACCGACAGGCCGAACGCAAGCCUCAACCGCAAUACAUAACCCUUCCUAGUAACGAACAGGAAUCCGUGGAACAGCAACCGGGCCAACCGAUUUCCGGUUACUAUCGUCAAGCACAGCCGUUGCUGGUCAAGGCGCCGGCCCAUCGAUUCGCCGUCCCCAGACCACAAGCUGGCAAAGCCAACGCUCUGGGAUACGCGACCAACCCGACCACCGCUCCAAUCAUCUACCAGGCGUAUCAACAGUAACCGCCUGCCUGUUACAGACGAGGUUAGGUUAGGAAAACGUGUGCCGACGCAUCCCAACCACAGUCGGCGGUCAACCCAUCCCGGUCGGGGCUCACGUCCAGGCCGUACACGUAGUCCGAAUGGUUCCGUCGACUCAGGCACUGCGACUUCGACGGUGACGCGCUGUAGUCCCAUAUCCUAAACAAAACAAAAAAAAUUGUCAUUGUUCAUUAUUUUCUAGUUUUAAGAUUACAUUUAUCACUAUUAUUAUAUAAUUUUAAUAAAAUUGUAUUUAUAAUAUUUGUAA